AUGGAAGCUUCCCUCGUCCGCGUGCAUCGAUCGUAUGCCGACAAGCAGUCAAUCCUGGAGGCAUGGGCCGCCUCCACCGAUAUCAGUCAAGUUGAAUUCAGCCGGCGCCAUGACAUCCCGUUGUCGACAAUUCAAAAAUGGCUUGGCAACGCCCAGACGAUCAAUGCUGUGGACAAGACCAUGGAGCACAACAUGACGAAGAAAGGAAUGAUUGGCGACAACAAGCAAGUGCGCAAGUUGGACCAAAAGUCGCAGACUUUGUUCGCCUGGAUCGUAUCAGCGCCCGACCCGUUGGAUAUGGCAAGCGUAAGGCCCCAAGCUCGCGGGAUUUGGCCCGAAUGGCUCUACAAGUCUCAGUCCACAUGGAAAUGUGGUGACAAUUUCCGAAAGUGGUGCACCCGCUUCGUGCAACAACACUUUCUUGAGAAGUUCAACAAUCGAUUGAGGUUGACAUCAGCCGACGCCAGCCAUACUAUGCCUUGCGGUGCCGGUGCUCUUUCGAACCCAGCAGCCGGCACUAAUCCAGCCGAACGCGGUCAUUUUGUGCCGUCCGGUGACGGCGCUCCAUCGAACCCCGCAAACGGGACACCAUCCCACGCAGCCGUUGACAUUGACAAUGCAAAUCUGCCUCUUCUCCACCCAAGCUCAACGAACCGUCCUGACAGCCACCGUGAAACUGACAACGACGACGAAGACGUGACAUCAAUGACGUUUCAAGACGGAACAUCUAUGAAGCUAGCAAAUCGAGACGAGUACGGCUUGGGCUACAAACACAUCGACAUAUGCUGCGAACCGAUUGCGACGACAGGCCUCCCACCUCGCAUAGCCAAUUUUCUCGAGGGGGCAAAGUGCCCGAAGCUCCAAUACGUGUUGAGGCUUGAAGAAGACGUUGUUGUUGGCACGAAAAUCAUUGAAUACGUUGGGGAGCGUAUUGGCAUAGCCGAGUUCAUGCAUCGCAAAGCUCAUGACAUGGGUGGGUACCUUGCCACCGUGUCACGAGAACAGGGGGGACUGUACAUUGAUGCAAUGUAUGCGGGGAACGAGUCGUGA